AUGAGCAUCCUCAAUAUGAUCACCAGCUACGCUGGUAGCCAACUUUUACCCUUCUAUAUCGCCAUAUUCAUCUUCACCUUAGUCCCAUGGGUAAUCCGUUUCUCUUGGCCAGAAUUACGCAAGGGAUCGGUGGUGCCACUUGCGAACCCCCCUGAAUCGCUAUUCGGCACCAGUAAAACCAGGAGAAAUUUCGUCAAGCUUAGCAGAGAAAUUCUUGCCAAAGCGAGAAGCUUGUUCCCUGAUGAGCCUUUUCGCCUGAUCACGGAUUGGGGUGAGGUUCUCAUUCUCCCGCCGGAUUUUGCAGAUGAGAUUCGAAAUGAUCCGAGACUCAGCUUCUCCAAGGCGGCGAUGCAGGAUAAUCAUGCUGGAAUACCUGGAUUCGAGACUGUUGCCCUGGUCGGUCGUGAAGAUCAGCUCAUUCAGAAGGUGGCCCGUAAGCAGUUGACCAAGCAUCUCUCCGCUGUCAUAGAGCCAUUAUCCAGAGAGUCGACCCUCGCAGUGUCGCUCAACUUUGGAGAGACGACAGAAUGGCGAGCGAUACGACUCAAGCCAGCGAUUCUAGACAUCAUAGCCCGCAUCUCGUCAAGAAUCUAUCUCGGCGACCAGCUUUGCCGUAACGAAGCGUGGUUAAAGAUCACCAAGACAUACACCACCAAUUUCUACACUGCAUCUACCAACCUACGAAUGUUCCCUAGACCGAUCCGACCUCUCGCCCACUGGUUCCUCCCCGAAUGCAGAAAGCUUCGACAGGAGCGCAAGGAUGCAGUUGGUAUCAUCACGCCCCUGAUUGAGCGCCGUCGUGAGCUUCGAAGAGCCGCGAUGGCAGCUGGUCAGCCUCUGCCUGUGUUCCAUGACGCUAUUGACUGGUCGGAACAAGAGGCAGAAGCUGCAGGCUCUGGGUCCGCGUUUGAUCCGGUAAUUUUCCAGCUGACCCUCUCCCUUCUUGCAAUUCAUACCACGUAUGAUCUCCUUCAGCAGACAAUGAUUGAUCUAGGUCGUCAUCCUGAGUACAUUGAGCCCCUGAGGCAGGAAGUCGUGCAGCUACUUCGCGAGGAAGGCUGGAAGAAAACAACCCUUUUCAAGAUGAAGCUUCUGGACAGUGCUAUCAAAGAAUCCCAGCGUAUGAAGCCUGGUAGUAUAGUUACUAUGCGUCGCUAUGUAACCGAAGACAUCACUCUCUCCAGCGGCCUAACCCUCAAUAAGGGGACCCGCCUCAACGUAGAUAACAGACGCCUCGAUGAUCCCAAGAUCUACGAAAACCCCGAGGUCUACAAUCCCUAUCGCUUCUACGACAUGCGCUCAGAAGCUGGCAAAGACCACGGGGCACAGCUCGUAUCAACUGGCUCCAACCAUAUGGGCUUCGGCCACGGUCAGCAUUCGUGUCCAGGGCGCUUCUUCGCUGCGAAUGAGAUCAAAGUAGCGCUUUGUCACAUCUUGGUCAAGUAUGAUUGGAAGCUGUGCCCUGACACGGAGACUAGGCCUGAUACAAGGGGCAUGAUCGCCAAGUCUAGUCCUGUCACGGAUAUUCUUAUCAAGCGCCGGGAGUCGGUUGAGUUGGAUUUGGAAGUAAUUUGA